AUGAAUCAUAAGGAUUGGUCGGCCCGUGGCACUUUCUGGGCGAUUGUGUCGCUCAAAGCACGCUUUAGGUUUGGCUGCCCUACAUUGCUGAGCUAUAUAGUGCUUAUUUCAGCUCCUUUUGGUACAUUGAAGUUUUCCCAUGGUGAAGGACAUUUGCUAUACUGUGCCGAGAGGAAUUCCAAGGCAGCGCAAUAUUUCGAUGCUGAUUUGGAAUGGGACAAUGACGAGAAAAUCAUUGAGAGCAAAGUGGUGAGUUUGAGAGUUCUUUGUUGA